GUCAGGUCCCAUCAUGGCGGCUGAAGAGGCGGAUGUAGAUAUCGAAGGGGACGUGGUGCCAGCGGCGGCACAGUCUGGAAAUAAUGAAAAUACAACAUCUGUUUUACAAGACCACUAUCUUGACUCAUCGUGGAGAACUGAGAAUGGUCUUAUUCCUUGGACUCUGGAUAGCACCAUCAGUGAAGAGAACAGAGCUGUCAUUGAGAAAAUGUUGUUGGAAGAAGAGUAUUAUUUGUCCAAAAAGUCACUUCCAGGAAAAUUCUGGUUUGAUCAAAAGGAAGGUGAUAAAAAAUACAUGAAGAGGGUACACUCUCCUACAAAACCAGCAAGUUACUCAGUAAAGUGGACGAUAGAAGAAAAAGAGCUGUUUGAACAAGGGCUGGCUAAAUUUGGCCGAAGGUGGACCAAAAUUGCAAAGCUAAUUGGAAGUCGCACUGUUUUACAAGUGAAGAGUUACGCCAGACAGUACUUUAAAAAUAAGGUAAAAUCAGAUGGUCCAGAGAAGGAAACACCAAAUCAGAAAAACAGCAGUGAUUUUCAGAUGAAAAAUGAAGAUGAAGGCACAAAGGCAUGGACACCAUCAGGUUUAAGGGGUCGUGCUGAUCCCAACUGGAAUGCUGUAAAAAUUGAAAAGUUAUCUGAUGAUGAAGAAGUAGACAUCACAGAUGAGGCAGAUGAGUUGACUUCUCAAGCUCCCCAAAAGAAUCUUAGCAGUGAUCUCUUGUUAGAUGUCUCUAAAAAUAAAAGUCAUGAAACCAGUAGAGGAGAAUUCAUUGCUUCUGACAGCCAGGAAGAUCCCAUUUCUAAAUCUUCCAAGGAGUAUCUUCAGAAUAUAAAGCAAGGUGAGAUGGAAACACUUUCAAGCUCAGGAAAUACAUUUUGGACUGAAAAUCACAGCACCAGUGACCAAAAAUCAGUUGAAUUAUAUGAUCAGAAAUGGAAUAAACUGAUGAAAAACUGUGAUAAGCAUGAUGGAAGUGGAAUAAUAGAUGAUGCCAGGCAGUUACCUUCUCCAGAGCCUUGUGAAGUUCAGAAAGACUUGAGUGAUAAUGAAUUGCUUUUUCAUUCUUCCUGCCAAAUGGAGGAGGAGAGCCAUGAGGAAGAAGAGCUUAAGCCACCAGAACAAGAAAUAGAAAUUGAUAGAAAUAUCAUUCAAGAGGAAGAAAAACAAGCAAUUCCUGAGUUUUUUGAGGGACGCCAAGCUAAAACACCAGAACGCUAUUUGAAAAUUAGGAAUUAUAUUUUGGACCAGUGGGAGAUAUGCAAACCGAAAUACUUAAAUAAGACCUCAGUACGUCCUGGCCUGAAGAACUGUGGGGAUGUUAAUUGUAUUGGACGGAUUCAUACAUACCUCGAGUUGAUAGGAGCAAUCAAUUUUGGAUGUGAACAGGCUGUAUACAACAGGCCACAGCCAGUUGAUAAAGUACGAAUCAGAGACAGAAAAGACACAGUAGAAGCAUACGAACUUGCCCAGCGUCUGCAGUCUAUGCGCACAAGGAGACGUAGGGUCCGAGACCCGUGGGGAAAUUGGUGUGAUGCAAAAGAGUUAGAAGGACAAACGUUUGAGCAUCUCUCUGCUGAGGAGUUGGCAAGAAGAAGAGAAGAGGAAAAAUGCAAACCUGGUAAAUCUUCAAAAGUGCCAAGGCCAACAAAAAGCUCAUUCGAUCCCUUCCAACUGAUACCUUGUAAUUUUUUCAGUGAAGAAAAGCAGGAGCCAUUUCAGGUGAAAGUGGCUUCAGAAGCACUUUUAAUAAUGGAUUUGCAUGCUCAUGUUUCUAUGGCAGAAGUGAUUGGUCUGUUAGGAGGAAGAUACUCAGAAGUUGAUAAGAUAGUUGAGGUCUGUGCAGCAGAACCGUGUAACAGUCUGAGUACAGGACUACAGUGUGAGAUGGAUCCCGUCUCACAAACACAAGCCUCGGAAACCUUGGCUGUCAGGGGCUAUAGUGUUAUUGGAUGGUAUCAUUCUCAUCCUGCCUUUGAUCCUAAUCCUUCCUUACGAGAUAUUGACACUCAAGCCAAAUACCAGAGUUACUUCUCCAGAGGCGGUGCAAAGUUCAUUGGAAUGAUUGUUAGUCCUUAUAAUAGAAAUAAUCCUUUACCUUAUUCUCAGAUUACCUGCCUGGUUAUAAGUGAUGAAAUUAGCCCAGAUGGCUCUUAUCGUUUACCUUAUAAAUUUGAAGUACAACAGAUGUUAGAAGAACCUCGGUGGGGAUUAGUGCUUGAAAAGACAAAAUGGAUAAUAGAAAAAUACGGGCUAUCCCGGAGCAGUGUCCCCAUGGAUAAAAUCUUUCGCCGGGAUUCUGACCUGACUUGUUUGCAGAAACUUUUGGAGUGUCUGAGGAAAACUCUGAGCAAAGUGGCCAAUUGCUUCAUUGCUGAAGAAUUCUUGACUCAAAUAGAAAAUUUAUUCCUUUCCAAUUACAAAAGCCAACCAGAAAACGGAGUGGCCGAAGAGAAGUGCGCCGUGGAGCCAAAGGCGCUGUUAACGUGACUAUUUUAAAUUCACGAAAUCCAAAUUUUGCCACAUAAACCAUGUGACAAGAAAAAGACACAGACUUGGACUUGUUUUCAUAUGUGGCGCUCAGUCCUCCUCGGCCGGUCAGCAGGGUGUGGACUGAAGGGCAGCCUCCCUGCUGUCUUCAGGUUGAUAAGUGCACUGUGUCUCAGAUUUUUAUUUCCCCCUGAACUAGUCAUUCCAGUUUUGCUAUCUCUGUCUCAUGCGGAGCACUUCCAUUCUUUUCAUGGGUUUUGGUGAGGCUUGUUUAUGGUUGCAAAUGAGAUUCGGGUGGGUGGUCACAGCGGUAAUUAACAGGGUUGAGAACUGCUGGUUUAAUGAAUCUAAGGACAUGCUGUGGGAGGCCAGGGGAGGCAUCAGGAGAAAAUCUGCAAAACAGACGAGAUCUAAAGGAGAGAAUCAAAUUACCAAUUUUUUAAUUACAGAUAUUUGCUUCCAUUUUAUUGUAUAACAACACUACUAUAGCAUAUGCCAUUUUCUCAGCUGAAACAUUUUGUAUGGAUUUCAGAUACAUAACAUAGUAAGCUUCAACUAUAGGUCCACUUACGUUCAUUUGUGUGAUAAAGCCUUGGUUAACUAAAACACAGGUAAUCAUAACCCUUAAACUAGACUUUUUUUUUUUUUUCCUACUACCUGCUAUGAGGAGAAAGAGGCAGAUUACAAUAAAGCUUAAAUAAAUCAGAUUUAAUUUUAAAAACAAAAAAUCCUUCCAGGACAUACUAUGUAUUCAGCCCCGUUUCAUAUACUUGCUGAAUCCAGAACAGGGGUCAGUGAACUUUUUAUGUAAAGGGGCAGUUAGUAACUUAGGCUUUGCAGGCUACACACCAUCUCUAUCAGACAUUCUUCUUUAUGCUUUUUAACAACGCUUUAAAAACAUAAAAACCAUUCUUAGCUCAUGAGCCUCACAGAAAACAGGUUGCUGGCCAUUAUCUUCCAAACCCUGCUCCAGAGAAUUGCAGACAUUUAGAAUUUAUUUUCAAAUGCAUGAGCCUGAGACAUUGAAAGGUCUUGAAUCAUCCUCAAACAACAAUAAAACUAAAAAUUGUGAUUUACAUUUAAAUUUGUUUUAAAAUGAAAGUUAGUAGUCAUGCUGCCUGAUUUAUUCUGAUAGAUGUUAGUUUACUUCUGUUAACUAAAGAAUUAUGUCCUUUCUCCAAGCAUUCUUAUUAAUAUCAGUUUUAUUACUUCUAAUCUGCAUAUGAUUCUGUACUUUUACCUUUUUUGGUUUAAUGAAUAUCCAAGGAAAAUAAGUCAGUAUUGGAAGGAGCAGUGAGCCAGUUUUAGAUGACCUGGGUCUUGACUCAACCUUGUGCUUUGGGGGAUACACUUUACCUUCUCUGGGCCUAAAUUCAUGUGUAACCGAGGUCUAAAUUAUCUGCCCUGCAUCCUUUCAGGUCUAAAAUCUUAUGAUUCACUCUGAUUGUUCGACUUACCCACCUGGAGCUUGUAUUCUGAGAUGUUACAGUUCCCAAAUUAACGAAUGUUUUUAAAGAAAAAUGGUAGUAUUUUCCAUUUUUCUAUAUGUAUUUAGGAUAAACGGUGAAACAUAACUUACAAAGCAAUUACUUUUGGGACUGGGCUUAUUAGAGCUAUAGACCAAGAAUCAGGAAACCUGAGUUCUUACCCUGAUUCUCUUACCAGCUUUGUUGUGUGGCAGUGGUAAGAUCACAUAACCCUCUGGACCUCAGAAUCUUCACCUGGAAUUCAAGGGCAGAAAGUCUGUGAUUGUGUAAAAGGGUAGUGAUUCGUUCCUUUGUACCCUUCCUUUUGACAUACUUGCUUCAUUGUAUCAGGAACAGAUCCUAGAAAGUGGUAUUAGUUAGCUUUCUUGAUUGACAUUUCCCAGUAAUGUUGAUGAAUUGGGGUUGGAAAAUAGUGGAAAUUGUUAAAAGUUCUGUUCUCAGUCUGGGUCCUUGCAUGCUAGUGGUUCACCACAUUUAGUAACCUAAGCCAUACUAUGAGGAGCUCUCAAAGGUGGUAAUAUUCAGAGUUUAGAGCUUUGAGAGAACAAUUUUUUAAAUAAUACUGUUUUUUUCUGAUGAUAGAGUACAUUUAUGAGAAAAUAUUUUUUAAAAAGCAGAAAGCACAGUUAACAUUUUGGUAUAAAUCUUUCCCCAUUUUUUUUUUUGCAUCAUGUAAUUUUAGAUUAAAAUCUGAUAUCUUCCUCCCCUCCUCCCUCAUUCAUUGUUUUUUUUUUUCCUCAUCAUAUUCUUAAAACAUUUUUAUAACUACAGGUGCCCACAUUCCUGUCACUGCCAACCUUGGCCUGCUGAGGGCAUUAGGAGCCAGGCCUUGAGAAGCACAGAGGAAGUCUAGGGCUGAGGGUGGCAGUGUAAUGCAGGAAGUUUAGGAGGCAGGGUCUCAGAGGGAAACCUACCUCCAGUAAUGUUUACAGAGUGAAGAUGGGACUUGAAAUCAUCCAAGUCUCUUCAUCCUGAUUUGGUUCUUUCUUUUGCGCAAUGACAAUAAAAUAAUGAGCUUAAUUUAUUUUCCUUUUCCAGCUUGCCUGCUGGAAAUUGACACAAAUACUUCACUAGUAUUUGACCUAGCACUCUUAAAAAUCUAUCCCAAAGUAACAUUCAAAAAAGAAAAAUCAGUGGAAUAAGACCCACAAGAUCAGACUCUCCUUACCCCUCUGUAAUUUUAGCCUUGAACCAUUGGCCCUCAAAGCAGCUUUAUGACUUUCAUAGGCCUUAGACACUUUUGCCUUCUUAGGCCUCUUCUUCCAUAAAAAAUUAAAAAUUAAUGUUACAAUUGCAUUUGUAUAAAAUGAAUUUUAUAUUAUAUAUAAACACAUCCUUAAAUCUAAAAGUUUGGGUUUUUUUCUUACGAAUUUAAAAGAAACUAAAACAUUUUGGGGGGCCUCUAAAUGUAUUAUGGGCCUGAGACCUGGUGCCUGAUAGAUAAGUUGGCCCUGCCUAUACUAUGAAGGGUGCUAUUGGGAAAAUGGCAGUCACUACCCUCUCCCCUAUAAGCCCACCUCACAAACCCUAGAGGAGCUUUGCCACACAGCCAAGAACAUUGCAGUACCUGCAGCUUUAGAUCCAUAGACUUGAACUUUGUUCUUUACUGAUGUGACCAAAAUUCAGGAGUGUUACUUGGGACCAUUGAUCCCCCAAAGAACGAUAGGCCACUGUGGCUAACUUCAGUUUUCAGGUAGAUAUUUUAUUCUAUUCUUAAUCGAUAGUUUUGAAACUCAGGCCACAUGUCCUGCCGCCUUUUCUUCCUGCGUUUCCCUCAAGCCCUUUUUUUUCAUCCUCACUCCCUCACUUCUUACCUGACAGUGUAUAGGUACAGAUCCUUCACUGUCAUGUGUUGAAAGCAGGGCCUGAAGAAUAGAGUUGAGCAAACCCAUUCAUAUUUCCCAGAAGCUGACUAAUGCUGCCCCAGCCCAUAACUCUCUCCAUAACUUUCCUCCCCCAAAGGACUGGGGCAAGGGCUGUGACAUGCAGACCAUCUGGGCAGCAGAGGAGGCUGUGGUCUCAGCAUGCCAACCUGAGUGGGCUUCCUGCUCUUCAGUUUACCUUCUUCUUCUUUGUCUUGCUGGGUCCUAAUGAAGUGAGCUGGAGGACCUGGAGGAACUGAUGCAGUCAGGAGGCCCUAGAACUGAUGCUUUGUCCUGUCCCUACAAAAGAGCCAUAGGACACCUGGCCACCUGGAAGGUAGCUACCAUCCUCAGGUCAUCAACAAGCAUCCAGUUGGUGGGUUUCUCAGUAGAAAUUAAGUCAGGGUACCCAAAUGUUGUGUUUUGUUUUGUUUUAACCUACGCUCUUCUCUACCCAGAACUAGGCACUAAAUCUAGAGUCACAGAUUAUGACAUUUAGGAAAACUUUUUUCUCACAAGCACGAAGAAAAGAGCACAUACAUUUGCAACAUCAUCUGUUUCAUCAGGGUUAACACAAUUUAACAAAGAAAUUUGAUAUGCAUCUCCAAUUUACCAGUGGUUUAAUAGUUUUCUUACAAAUUAAUACCAUAUUUUGCAAUAUUUCCAGAAAAUCACUGUGGAGAAUAAUGUAAUAUACUUUAGCUUAAUUCCUGACCUUUUCUUAAAUGGUUUUAUGUGUGCUGUUCCCCCAAACUGUUUUUUCAUUUAACCUAUAAUUUGUGCUUUCUGGUAUUUUCUAAAUCUUAUCUUUUAAGCUACCGUAAAUCCUUUCUGGAACAAGGCAAAGAAUAAAUAUGUCAUCCCCCCUAAGUCAGGAGAAAGUCAGAAUAUCCCAGAGAAGCUGUGAUUAUGCCAGGGGCUGUGUACCAAACUAAAUUUGAGAUGGUAAAAUUAACUCAUGGUAUCUGGGUUGUUUUAUUUUAUACCUUUGACUGUAUUUAUGAAUAUAUUCAUAAGAACUUUAAUUUCAGCAAAAAAUGCCUGAUCUGCCGUCUUUGAGGUUUCCAGGAGUACUCUCUUAGGAAUUAAGAAGUAUGUUAAUUAUGAUUUUAUAGUUUGUAUUCCUGUUUCAUAGGUUACCACAGAACAUUUGUUUCAACCUAUGGAUUAUAAAAUAGUAUUUAGAUUGUAGCAUGAUUUAAAUAGAUAGUCAUAUAUAUCUUUAAAUUUGUGGAUUUGAUGUGUAAAUUGUGUAUUAUGUAUAAGUUUACUAUGAUUAUUGGUAAACCUGUUGCUGUUGUUUUCCCCAAAGGUUAUCAGUGUUUAUGGAUUUCUUUAUUAGUUUGAAUUUUGGAAUGUUCUGUAAUAAAAUAUAAUUUCAACUAUUUUGUGCUUUUAAAUAUGCCAUGUUGUCUAUAUCUGUAAUAAAGAAUAUUGUAAAUAUUAAUGUUUGUACAAUUAUGAAAGGUUUUCCUCAAAAUGAUUGAACUCUCCUCCUUGUACUUU